UUGCCAUUUGCAGCGCCAUCACAGCCGAUCGAUGUUCCGAAUGCAAGAAAAGAAUCGAGUACAAUUGUCGUAACAUCGAUUGCACCACCAUCCGUAACUCCGGUUCAUGGUACACCCUAUUCAACAAGUAUUUCUCCAGUGACCAAUAACGACAACGAUUCGAAGGCACAAAUUUCUACACCAGAAAGUCCAGGCACUGCACCUUUUGCUUUCAAUCUGUUAGCAUUUCAGGUUGGCGGUGUUCCUGUAGCGGGUGCAGGUGAUUUUGUACCAAGUGCGCGCGAAAAUUCGCCCGGUUUGCCACCCAUCGCCUCAGCUCCGGCUCUUCAGAAAGUUCCGGCAACAAUGGCAGCCAGCACGACAACAGUAACAUCCAAUCAUGUCUAUGUUGUGGCCUCUGCCACUGCGCCUAACUUAAAACAGCCCGAGGAUGCCACGGAUUCGAAUCUUGCCACGGCACACCCACCAACAGAAGGUUUACCCUCCGAGAAAACAGGCUUAGCACUCAAUGUUAAUGAAAACGAGGAAACCUAUACAAAAAAACUUGGCUUCUGGUAUGGCAAAGGAUAG